CCCAAGGGCCGACUUGGUCCAAAGUCUGCGCUCCCCUCCCCGCAGGAGCGGGCCACCCCUUCGAAGCCCUUCCCCGAGGGACUCCCAGGCCGAGGGCCCAGCCAUUGGAGGCGGCGCUGGUCUGCCAGGGCCCCAACUCCCCGCGGCCUCGCCCUGGUUCUCGAAAGCGGCGACGGAGGAGAAGGAGAGAAAGGGUUCGCUCUCGUCGGAGCUAGAGAGACAAGCAUUCCUUCUUCCCAGGCUCAUGGAAGACCCCACAGUGUUUUCAUGUAGCAUCCUGCCUUCUGAUCCCCGUCUUCUUGCAACGGUGACCAAUGCCUACCUGGGCACUCGUGUCUAUCGGAAUAUCCUCCACGUGAAUGGUGUUUAUAAUGGAGCAGCUGGAGACACACACCGUGCAGAUAUCCCUAGCCCUGUUAAUGUCAAAAUGAGUGUGGCUGCUGGAGACAGCCUGAGCGAGACUUUCUCUUUGGUCACUAAGACAGGAACAUAUACCCAUACUAUCAAGUCCUCCGAUUAUACAGCCACUCACAGAAUCUAUGCUCACCACUCUCUUACUCACCUUGUGGCUUUCAGUAUAACCAUCCAGAGGUCAACUCUCAAUGCUCAGCCCAUCACAGUGAACCUCCAGGCACAAUUCACACCAGAGAGUCCAGACCUGGACUUGCAUAGAGGGCCAGAUUUCCAGGGCACUCACUAUCUCUAUGGAAAGACAUUGGUCCCUGAAGUGGAAGGUGGUCCUCAGCCUACUGUACACAUGAUCUGGACCUCUGUGCCACAUACAGUGACACUCUCUGAGAAGGAAGAGGAGAAAUGCUGGGACUUCCUCACUGCCAUUGCAGAGACUGAAGAAGAUGCCAAAAGGAGCUUUGUAGAAGGGAUGUCACUGAUUGGCUCUGGAUCCUUAUAUUUGUCUCACACCGAAGCUUGGGCAGCCCUUUGGCAAGGAUGCUGCGUGGAGGUUGAUGGACCUCUUUCACUCAGCCAGGCCCUCUAUGGCUGCCUUUAUUACCUGCUAAGUGCCAUCCCGCCUCUGGGUGCCCCUGAUGUCUUGUUCUCUGGGAUCAGCCCUGGAGGCCUUUCUAAUGGCACUCAAGAUGAAGAUUACUGGGGUCAUGUCUUCUGGGACCAGGAUACCUGGAUGUACCCAAACAUCUUACUUUUCUACCCUGAAGCAGCUCGUGCUAUUCUGAAAUAUCGGAUCAAAACACUAGAGGGAGCUCUGUUCAAUGCGCAGAAAGGAGGCUACAAGGGUGCAAAGUUCCCCUGGGAGAGUGCAGCAACAGGCCAAGAGGUCUGCCCCGAGGAGGUUUAUGGAGCUGAGGAAAUUCAUAUCAAUGGGGAUAUUAUGCUGGCAUUUGAGCAAUAUUACUACAUCACACAGGACUUGAUUCUCUUUCAAGAGGAAGGUGGCUGGGAUGUGGUCUGGGCUGUUGCUCAGUACUGGUGCAGUCGAGUGGAGUGGAAUUCAGAAGAGCAGAAUUAUCACAUCAAUGGUGUCAUGCCCCCAGAUGAAUAUCAUCAUGCUGUAAAUAACUCUGUUUAUACUAAUGUUGUUGCCCAAAAGAGUUUGAAUUUUGCAAGUUACUUGGCCUCCCAGUUGCAUAUUCCUAUCCCUAAAGAGUGGAAAGAAGUUGGAGAGAAAAUUAAAGUGCCUUUUGAUAACAACAGGCACUACCACCCAGAGUAUGAUGGGUACUGCCCAGGUGAACCGGUGAAACAGGCUGAUGUUGUCUUGCUUGGAUUCCCUGUCAUGUAUCCCAUGGACCCAGGAGUCAGAAGGAAUGACCUGGAAAUUUACGAACCUGUGACAGACCCUCAGGGGCCAGCCAUGACCUGGAGCAUGUUUGCUGUUGGAUGGCUGGAACUGAAAGAGACUGAAAGAGCACAACACCAGCUGAACAAGUGCUUCAGCAACAUCACCGAGCCAUUCAAGAUCUGGGUAGAAAAUUCUGAUGGUUCAGGAGCGGUGAACUUCCUGACAGGGAUGGGUGGAUUUCUUCAAGCCAUUCUUUUUGGAUACACUGGGUUCAGGAUCACAAAGAGGCAUCUGUACUUUGACCCUGUUUGUCCUGAUAAUAUGGAGGAGUUAAAGAUCACUGGGGUAUGCUACUUAGGAAGCAAGCUGAAUUUCACCUUGACCAAAAAAUUGAUCACCAUCAAAGUGACAAAGUCCUCAUCUAUGCUGGAGGCUGUAUUGCCAAGAGAAGGCAUAUGCCGUGCCCUCAAUGAAGAAAAAAGUGUCUCCUUCCCUGUAGCUGAUGGCUGGAUCCAGAAAAGGACCACUUGACACAUUUUGCAUGCCUGAUACCAAAACCUGCUUUUUCGCCCCAAGUAUCCAUGGAUCUAUAUUCUAUGUCUCCUUCUCGCCUCUGCAGUCCCUGUCGCCAACCCUCCACCUCCGUGGGUGCCCUGGUUCCCCCAAAAGAAGCCCCAAGUCCACGGAACUUCUUUUUUCUCUUUUUUGUAUAUCCUACCCUAUCUCAUUAUCUCUCUGCACACAUCUUACUCCAAGCCCCAUAAUUCAGCAUCGACUCCAAUCCCCGUGGAUACUGAAACCUGUUGGAGUCCCCCCCCCGUAUCCACAGAUCUCAGGUGUAUGUUUUUCCCCAUUUCCCAUGGAUAUCAAUCUAAACUACCUAUUUGCUGGGUUUCCUCGAUAUUCAUGGACCCUCAUGUAUGUUUAAACCUGUCGUGUUUUAUAUUUUACUGUAAAAAAAAUCCUUUGGAGAAGUUUGCCACCGACCAAGUUUUGUGAUGACCUUUUGCCCUCACCUACUGACCCGGGAGGGCCAGCCAGCUGUCUUCCUGAGCUUCAUCUACAUGUAACAGGAAUCAAUCUUUGGACCAGUCCAUCUCUACUGGUCCCAUAGCCCCCCAACUGGGCAAAUGACAACAGAAUCCAUCUGCUGGGUCGCCUGUCUUUUGUCCCUGUCAUCUGGACAUAUAAUCCACUCAUCACCCAGGGGGUCAUGCCCCAUUGUCACACAAUAUGAUUUCCUCUUUCCCAGGAACUUGCCACUUAAUCCCAUCAGGAUGGACAGUGUUUCUGCUCUUGGACUUUAUGGACAUCAGCACCAGAAGCGUUGCAUCCAUUCAGUGGGGACUCAGAUUGCAAUCAACUUAACAAUAAAAGACUUGGUCCCUU